AUGCAACUUUUAAAAUUCACCGCGGAACUUUCUUUAACUUGCAAGGAGGAUUGCGAAAAAUUAACUCUAGAAAUUCUCAAAAUUUUGAGACCAAAUUGGAGCAGUGAAAAUGUGAAGUUUCAAUAUUUUUCAGUUGGAAUUACUAACAAAAUUUUUGCUACUCAACAUUUGGAAGAAAGUGUGAUUUUCAGAGUUUUCGGGAAAAAUACCGGAAAAAUUAUUGACAGGUAACAAUUUUAUUUUUUUUCAAUUUUUUUCCACGUUUUGUAUUUCUAGAGAUAACGAAAUUGUUGCCUGGAGAAAGUUAGCCCAACAUGGUUUGGCUGCUCCGCUUUAUGCUCAAUUCGCAAAUGGAAUUGUUUGUGGAUUUUUAGAGGGAGAAAGUUUGAAAAUUGAACAAAUGAGACAACAAUCUUAUCAAAGGUUAGUUUUUUAUUGCUUUGAAAAAUACACGUUGUGAUAUGGUGUGAUAUAUUUCUUAUUUUUUGGAUUCCAGAAUUUGAGAAAAAAAUCACAAAUAAACUUCCCCAACUUUAAUAUUUACAUAUUGAUAAAAAUAUAAAUAAUUUCAGUAAAAUUGCACGUGCCAUCUCUCAUCUUCAUACAACAAUUCCAUCGGACUCUGAACCUUGUUUAUUCGACAAAAUCCGUCAUUUUAACAAUGCUUUCAUCCCAAAAUAUGACGACACUAAAAAGCAACAAAUAUACAGUAAACACUUUCCAGAAAAUUUGGAAUUAGAAAUUCAAAAAUUGGAAAAGCUAAUUUUGGAAUCUGAUGAAAUUGUUGCAUUCUGUCACAACGACAUUCUUGUUCAUAAUAUUGUUUAUGAUCCGAAAAAUGAUUCGAUCAAUUUCAUAGAUUAUGAAUAUGCAUCAACUAAUUAUGCACUUUUCGAUAUUGCUAAUCAUUUUUGCGAAUACGCAGGUAGAUCAAAUUUUUCUCAAAAUUUUGAUUCAUGAAAAUCAAAUGGCCUUUUUUCAGGAGUAGAAGAUAUCCCAGACUACAGUCAAUGUUUGAAAAAAUCUCAAAAAAUUGAGUUCCUUGAAGCUUAUCUUGGAGAUAAGAAAACCCCAGAACGUUUGGAUCAAAUAAUGCAAAGAAUUCCACUUUUUGAAGCUGUAAGUAAUAUAUUUUUCAAACCAAAAUUAUCUUUCAAAUAAAUACAGGCUUCUCAUCUUUUCUGGUCAAUUUGGGCAUUGGUUCAAUCACAAAAUUCGGUCAUUGAGUUUGAUUAUUUGACGUAAGUUUUUCUCAUUGAUAUAUUUUUGGAUGAAAAAAGAAAAAAAAUAAUUCAGCUAUGGAGCAUCAAGAUAUGAGCAAUACAUCAAACGUCUUUCUAAAUAUUCUGCCUGA